ACUUGUCAAGCCCAUGUUCUACAUGUACUUCUACACUUUGUACAACUUCGAGGCCGCCUACCACCCGUCCCGAGAGGGUCUUCAAUAGAGCGUCUCCUAUACAUCGUCUGCUUGGAAGUUGUUCAUGUCAGCAUGGCCAGCCACGAACGUACGCCACCGCCCUGCAAGGCGUAUCUAUUGGAGUGUAGGCUGCUGCACUCAUAUGCAUGCACACGUCGACUGCAUGAUAGCACCUCUGGUGCGAUACGCCGCCAUACAGACACGCAAUACAGGCCGCGCUUCAUCGCAGCGAGCAAGAAGCCCUGCUUUCUCUGCUACUGCUUUAUACGUGCCCAUAAUACGUACGGUAUCGGUCGAUCUCAUGGUGAAGUAUACCUGCAGUGGACGGUGCCGAACGGUCGCUCACUCGCUCCGCAAGCUCGCAAGCGCCUGAACGCUGCUCUCCGGGCUACAGCGAAUGACGUCGAACAGGCUGCGAAGCGGUCCAAGAAGAAGCCUUCUACGGGCUUAUAUAUGCACCCUCUCCAGACUGUCAGCAAAAGGUUGGAAGAGCAGUUCGCGACUCUGUCCGCAUCGACGGUGGCGCCGACGUUACUAACAGUACUGCAAGAGGACGUAGCUGGCCCGGACAUCGGCCCCUCCAAGCCUGGAGUGGCUCCUGGACCUUCAUGCGCGUCCACAUCCAAAGUUAACUCGCAGCGCUCCCUCCCAGAAGUGCAAAAUUUAAUUGACCAUAGCAUUGAACGCCCAGAGUCCUCGGGAGCGUCAGACUUACCGAUAGCAACCGAAAGGCUGCUCGAUAUCAAACGUGCAAUGCCGGUCGAUCCACCUGCCUACGUGCGACUGGGUGAUCUGGAACUCUUCGUUGAGAGAGAGGCACCUUGCGGUGACCCCAAUCAGACUGCAAAUCUGGGCACGGCACUGUGUCGCGUCAUGCCUGUUCUGCACCCGCAGGCGCAGUCGUUUGAUUAUGUCGCCAAGAUUGAUGUCAGUGAGCUGAACCAUAGUCCUAAGACGCUCUGUAGCAAGAAGGAAGGUGCAAGCCUAUGCUUCAUCCUGUCGAACGCAGGCAGCGACUACGCCGUCGAGCUGCUCUGGGACUGAGGUGGAUGCACGUGCUUUAGAUAUACGUAUUGCUAGACCGUCAUCUGUACGAUCGCGGAAGAUCCACGCGCC